AUGUUAUGUGGAUAUGAGCCUUUCUAUCCUCUGAAUGCCUUUCAUGAACCGAUCGAGUUCCUGGAUGAGUGUUGGAAUGGGGUCAGCGAUUUUGCUAAGGAUUUCCUAACGAGAUGCUUACUGCUGGACCCGACUCAAAGGCUCUCAGCUGAAGAGGCCACCAAACACCCGUGGUUGGAUUUGGGGACCCCCCUGCCCAAUGGAGUUUGUGUGGAUCUUGAUUUGGAUUUCUGGCAUCCGGCGGAAGCUGCUACGGAGGGUGUCGAUGUGAACUUCUUGGAUUGGCAACUUACUCCGAGUCCUCGUGCAAAGGCACG